AUGAAAUUCAUUAUUUUGGCUGUAUUUGUUGCCAUCUGUGCCUUGAGCAUGGCUCAUGAAUACCACGAUCACAAGGAAGAUAAACAUGAGUAUUAUGCCCAUCCUAAAUAUGAAUUUAAAUAUGGUGUUAAGGAUUUGAAAACCGAGGAUAUUAAGGAGCAAUGGGAACAUCGAGAUGGCGAUAAGGUUCAUGGUGGCUACCUUUUGAAAGAAGCUGAUGGCACCACUCGUGUGGUUAACUAUCAUGCCGACGAUCACAGCGGUUUCCAUGCUGAUGUCAAUACAAUUGGUGAAGCUAAACAUCCUGAAACUCAGAAACAUGAAAGUCACGAACAUAAACAUGAAAUUGUCCAUGUCCAUCAUGCUGAGCUGGGUCAUGCUGCCGAAGUUGUCCAUCAUGUUGCUGACGAAGCUCACUACACUGUCGAAGGUCAUCUUGCUCAUGAAGUGGCUUCCGCUGAACAUGUUAAUCAUCAUAAUUUACAUUACUUCGAUCAUAGCAAACAAGCUGAUAGUCAUUAUGGUCAUGCCACCAGCUAUGCUCAUAUUGAGAAGCACUAA